AAAUAUGGAAAUUGAGAAUGGAGUGCAAGUAAAAUUAUUAUUUUUUGCUCGUUCCAAAGAAUUGGCCGGUACAAGAGAAACAACAAUAAGUUUACCCAGAAAAAUAGGUUAUGAGCAAUUAUUAAAUUUAAUUGCAGUGAAAUAUAAUUUGGAGACGAUUAAAAAUAACAUACUUUUGGCAAAAAAUGAGGAAGUUUGCUCUGAAAGUAUAGAUAUAGAAAUAAGAGAAAGUGAUAAAAUUGCUGUUAUCCCACCACUGAGUGGGGGUUAAUAUUUGUAUAUAUAUGAUAAUACAUACAUAGUAAUGGAUCAUCUUAAACUGACUGUAGAUAAACUAUCUGUAGAUGCUGUUAGUGAUUUAGUUGUGGAUGACAGCUGUGGAGCUGUGUCAUUAUUUGUCGGAACUACCAGGGAUAAUUUUGAUGGAAAAAAGGUAUUAAGGCUCGAAUAUGAAGCAUAUGAAUCUAUGGCCUUGAAAUCAAUGAGGAGUAUUUGUGAUGAUGUCAGGAAUAAGUGGCCGGCCGUUCAUGGCAUUGCAAUUUAUCAUAGGUUAGGCAACGUGCCAUGUAGGGAAGCGUCAGUUGUGAUAGCGGUGAGCAGUCCGCACCGACGGGACUCUCUCGACGCGGUGUCCUACUGCAUCGACCAGCUGAAGUCCAACGUGCCGAUAUGGAAGAAGGAAAUUUAUGAAGGUGCCGAGCCGGUCUGGAAGGAGAAUGUCGAAUGUAAUUCACCGGAUUCGCCACAGACAACACAAUCGGCCCUAGAAAAUCCCAUAGACAAGAACUUAAUACAGAUUAACGUAUCAAGUGAGGAACUCCAACAGCGUAUACAAAAUUUCAUUCAAAGGAAGAGAGAUCAAGUUAAUAUAAGCAAUAUACACGAUUUUAUUCCGUCGAAAAGUGAAAACGAGACGGAAGAUAUAGAGACAUGUGCAAGAGUGAGAACGCAGUUCGUCAAACGAACGGAUUCUAAGGGGCAUUUGAAAAUUUGCAGAGUACACAAUGAGUGGGGCCCGCAAACUGUAUCCAUGGAUCAAGCUCCAGUCAAAACUGAGGCAGGCUUGCCUGCAGCCAUCGCAGAGAGAGUGUUAGCCAUCGAGUCGUAUCUAAACACGGGACCCGUGGCACCGGAUAUAUACAGGCGGCUGAAAGAUAUGGAAGACAAGAUUGCCUGCUUACAGUCUAUAUCCCCAGAAUAUUCCCAUUUUUGGAGCAAUAAACGGGAACGUCCAGAAAUUAAAGAGGAGGUGCAAGCGGACUACACGUUCUCUGCCGACGACAUCGCCAGGAAAAUAGAAAUGCUCGAGAAACAACACAAUUGCUAAACGUGUCGUUUGUACUUCCGUGUUAUAAUAU